AUGUCGUCCAAUUACCAGGAUAAUUCUAAUUCUUAUAACAAUGGCUACCAGAAUAAUAGUUACGAUGCAUUAAAUACUACUGCUCAAAUCGUUGGUGACUCGCUUACCAUGUUGAAUGAUUAUCACGGUGAUACUUAUCAAAUGCAUAGGAAUAACAGAACAAAUUAUCAACAAUCUCGUGUUCCUCUUCCUUCCAAUGCAAACUUGGUAUCUGUUAAUUCGCCUGCUCGAUCAAUUCGUCGUACACAUUCUGAUUUUGAUGAAAUCCAAGAUGAAUUUCGAACUGUAAAUGGUAAAAAAUCAAAAAAUAUUGACCCCAGUCGUUCAAUUCGUCCUGUACAGAGACAAUUGGCUCGUUCUCCACCUCCAUCACUUAUGUCUUUAUCGUCUCAAGUAAAUAAUGGAGUGUCAGUAACCUCAUCGUCAACAGUCAAUAACCAAUCGACCUUAAAUCAACGUACAACAGCUAAUGGAACAACUGUAAAUUCUUAUUAUAAUAAUCAACAAUCUACAGUUUCAUUUGAAGCUACUCGUUACGCCCAAUCACGUUACCCAUUUCAACCUUUUGUCGUACGUUUCUCAUCUUCUAAUAUCAAGGAACAAAAGGUUGCGGAAGAUUUGUGUGUACACUUGAAACAAAAUCGUGGAUUAGAUAUUGAAUUUGUGGGGGUUCGUCGUUCUACUCGUAAAUGUGGGCCAAACGAAGUUGAUAUUUUACUAUUCGUAAAGGAUAGUCAUUCCUUUGCACAUUUAUACGAGGAUCUCAAUUGGCCGCAAACUCUCCACUGUCAAGUUUUUACUCAUCCCUCAUCGCCAUCAAUCCCCCCGCAAUUGUCUCUUAUUGUUAAAAAUGUUGGUUUACAUACGGAUUCUGUUCAAGUUACAAGAGAUUUAAAGGAGGUGUACUCGGAUAUUAAAAACGUAAUUAGAAUGAAAAAUCGGUAUCAAAAUGAAAUUAAAUUGGUUAAACACGAAUUCUCAAAGCCAGAGCAGCGAGACGAAAUUUUGAAUCGUGGUAAGAUUGUAAUAGACUCGGUAACCUAUGAAGCUGAAGAAUUUUUAGCUCCAGCUCGUGUACUCAUAUGUAGCAACUGCAUGGGAAUCGGUCAUUUUCGUAAACAAUGUCAACAACAAGACGAAACGUGCAAAAUUUGUGGAUUGAUUUGUCCGGAUCUAAAAAUGCAUGUUUGCUCUCAACAACAAAAAUGCAUUCAUUGUGGGGGAGGGCAUCAUUCAAAUGACUUAAAAUGGCCAAAAGUAAAAGAAUUUCGUUCUAACCUAACAAAACGUCUUUUAUUCUUUUCUCAAGUUCCCCAAACUUCUCCUGGUGCUCAAUUCCAUCUAUCUUCCUCAGAUUUUCCACCUUUGAAUGUUGCUCAACGAUCAACGAUUGCCGGUAGUAACAAGUAUUACAAUAAUAUGAAUAACAAUAAUAUAAUCUUAACAAAAUUGAAUGAGUUAAAUCUAAACAUUAUAAAAUUAAAUGAUAAAUUAGAAAAUGCAGCAUCUAAGUCCGAUAAAUUUGAACAAUUAUGA